GUUCAGUUGGAGCUGAGCAGCUUCACAUCACACAGCGACCCACUGUAAUUAAUUAACAUCAUUCAUUAACAGUUAUUUUCAAUUAACCAUUUAAUUGUCAAUUUGUGUCGUUUAGUUUUGGGAUUAUUUCACCUGUCCAGCUCAGUGUCGAGUGUCACAGAUGAAGGUGGAGGGAUUCCAGGAGGACGGGGAGUCCGGUUCUGUGUCUUCAGCGGACCGGACCGGCGGUGGAGGCACCGUCGUCGCCACGGUUCGCAGCGGCGGGACGGCGUGCAGCCCCGGCUCGGCCGAACGCUGCAUGUCCCGGCUGCUGAGCGCGGUGGAGAGCGAGCUGCAGGCCGGCCGGGAGAAGGGCGACCCGACGGAGAGGGAGCUCAGGGUGACGCUGGAGGACGCCGAGCUGUGGAGGAAGUUUCAACACAUCACCAACGAGAUGAUCGUCACCAAGAAUGGACGUCGCAUGUUCCCGGUCCUGAAGGUCAGCGUCUCGGGUCUGGACCCCAGCUCCAUGUACUCCUUCCUGCUGGACUUCGUGCCGGCCGACGGCUGCCGCUGGAAGUUCGUGAACGGGGAGUGGGUGGCGGCCGGGCGGGCGGAGGGACGUGGCGAGGGGCGGAGCCACGGCGGCAUCUACAUCCACCCGGACUCACCGAACUUCGGCGCUCACUGGAUGAAGGCGGCCGUGACCUUCAACAAGGUCAAACUCACCAACAAGGUCAACGGAGGAGGACAGAUCAUGUUGAACUCUCUCCAUAAGUACGAGCCUCAGCUCCACAUCGUGUGCGUCGGCUCUCGCCAUCGUCUCGUCUCCAACGUCUCCUUCAAAGAAACUCAGUUCAUCGCUGUCACAGCCUAUCAGAACGAAGAGAUCACCGCUCUGAAGAUCAAAUACAACCCGUUCGCUAAGGCCUUCCUGGACGCCAAGGAGAGGAACCCAGGGGGGCGGGGUUUGCCGGAGUCAUCAGACAGUCGUGUUUCAGGGAUUCAACCCUGCUGGUCACUGUGCUCAGCUGGAGGGGGCGGGGCUUUCCCUUACAGCAGCAGCCUGCCGCUGACAUCACAUCAUCACCACGGUUACAAACACCACGGAUACCCGGGGCGACACACACCUUACCCCACUGCCUACCUGCCGCACCGCUCACACUCCUCAGGUGUCCAGGUGUUAUCAGACGGAUGGAGUGGCUCCUCCCCUCGUCCGGCCUCCUCCUCUUCCUCCUCCACCUCCCUUCCCCUGACGAGCAGCGUCCCUUCAUCACAGCCUCCUCACAACUCCAGUCAGUAUCCCUGUCUGUGGACGGUUGGAUGCAGUGAGCUUAGCCCUUCCCACUCGCCAUGCACUGCUCUCCACGGGCCAAUCAGCAGCGAGAGUCUCAUGCAGCCUCCCAAUCAUGGUCGAGUAGGCGGUGUCGGGUGGCCGCCUGGCCCCACCCACUCUUUCUGAGGAGGAAUGUGAUUGGUCGAAGGGAUAACUCAGAUAAUUCUCACUGACUGGACGACUACAGGUGACCACUGUCUACUAGUGAUUACUGCUACUGACUACUUGUUACAGCUACUAGUUAAUGCUGGUGGUUACUAGUUAAUGCUGGUGGCUACAAGAACCUAUGACUGACUAUAACUUUUCGUGACUAUUUAAUGGCUACUUUUAACUACUGGAGGCCGUCAGGUUCUACUGGUGGCUCCCAGUAACUAUCUGUGGCUAUCUUGAACAUACUGGUUACCACUGGUGGCUAACUUUAAAACCUGGUGGAGUACAGGAGGUUGUCACAUGCUGAUGGCCACUAAUAUCUACUGGUGGCUUCUAAUUUCUGCUGCUACCAAUAAGUAUUAGCGGCUAAUUGCACACACUGUAACUAUUACAUGCAUGAAUGUAAAUGUAUCUCAUAAUUUAAUUUCAGCAGUUUAAAAUGAGCUUGUCAGAAGUUGCUGAAUUAAAAAAGCAACGGUCCUGAUGCUCAGUCUUAAACACACUCUACACUGAUGUUGUUGGUGUUAUGGCGCCCCCUGGUGUUUAUUAACCUGCAGCUGGUUGUGCUGCAGGAACAGUCAAUAUUCUGUCUUUAUUUAAACAUGUCUGUAUCUGUAGAGUCCAUCAUCUGUGUUGUGUAAAGAGACUGAUGUUUGAUAGAUAUUUGAUUGACAGGACCAGCUGACACUUAAAAAGAGACAUUUCCUGUCAUUUAUGUCGGUUAUUUCAGCUGCUGCAUGUUGCUGGUUUGUUGUUGUUUCUCUACUUCAGAUCGUUUCUGAAAAUCAGAAAUAAAAUCAUAAACAAAACAAAACAAAAAAAAUGCAUUUAAUUAAAAUCACACUUUCAUGUUCUUGGGUCUGGUCCUGUGGAAAUAAUGAGCUACUCUUGUCUUUGUUGUCGUUUGUUGCUUGUUGCUGCAUGAAGUUUACAGCAUGACUGAGCCAGAGAGAGAGACUGUGAUUCUGCUCUGUGUCAAUAAAGGUUUAAAGGACAA